UGUGAAUAUGCAUCUUUAUUACUAUAUCGGUGAAGACGGAAAGAGAGUGUACACACUAAAGAAAGAAACCCCGGAAGGAGGUCCGACCUUCUCUGCACAUCCAGCUCGCUUUUCUCCUGAUGACAAGUAUUCGAAGGAAAGAGUGAUUUGCAAAGAGCGCUACGGAUGCCUCUUAACUCAGAAACCAGAUAUGAAGUUAUAAUUUGCACAUAGUUUUGUUU